AUGAAGGCCUGUUUCGUUGUGGGCUCAUUGGUGCUCGGCAUUGUGGCUGCGGCACCAGCAAAUGACAUUCAAAAGAGAGAUCUUCAAACCAUUCAGGGCGCGUUCGUCUCCAUCUCGGUGGCAUCGUCGAAUUUGGAUUCGGCCAUCAGGUCUUUGACACCCGACCCCAGCAGUGCCGCGGCUCUUGGACCAGCGAUGAUGGGACUCGAAGGUGCACUCGCCCAGGCCCGUGUUGAUAUCGCGCCGACCGCGCCGAUUAAUAUUCCCGACGGUAUCGCUCUUCAAAACGCCGCCGACACUCUGUCCAAGAGCGUAAAGAUCACGGUUAUGUCGGCAAUGCUUCAGCGCCAGACGCUCGACCAGACCAACAUGACACCGAUGCUCCUUCAGUCGUUUAUGAACCAGGACAUGCUGUCAGCUGCUCUUGGCCAGGUCGUUCUCUCCAAGCUUCCUGCAGAAGGUCUUCAGGGUGCCCUAGCUGCAUUUGGUGGAGCUGGUGGCGCGGUCGGAAUGGGAAUCGUUUCGCUUUCCAAUCCUCCUCUGGCGAGGCCUCCGGGCAUGGGCCCGCCCGGCGCGCCACCGGCGGCUCCGCCGGCGACUGGCGCCCCUCAGACAGGUUCUCCUCCGGCCGCUCCCCAGCAGGGCUCGCCUCAGAUGGGUUCUCCUCAGCCUGGAUCUCCCCAGCUAAGCCCGGCCCAACCAGGGUCUCCGCCAGCAAACGGCGGAAAGGGACAGAGCCAGGCAGGCGCCGCAGCAAGUGGUGUCACGGUUAGUCAGGCUUUGGAGGGCAAUGUUGUGGCACUUUCCUGA